UGAUGGUCCCAUCUGUCGAAUCUGUCACGAAGGUGGAAAUGGGGAGGGACUGCUUUCCCCGUGUGACUGCACAGGAACACUGGGCACCGUGCACAAGAGCUGCCUGGAAAAAUGGUUAUCCUCCUCCAACACAAGUUACUGUGAGCUCUGCCACACAGAAUUUGUUGUAGAGAGAAGACCAAGACCUUUGACAGAGUGGUUGAAGGAUCCCGGUCCCCGCAAUGAGAAGAGGACACUCUUCUGUGACAUGGUGUGUUUCCUGUUCAUUACUCCCCUGGCUGCCAUCUCGGGCUGGCUGUGCCUGCGUGGAGCCCAGGAUCAUUUGCAGUUCAACAGCCGGCUGGAGGCCAUCGGACUCAUAGCACUAACGAUAGCACUUUUCACAAUCUACGUCCUUUGGACGCUGGUCUCGUUCCGGUACCACUGUCAGCUGUACUCGGAGUGGCGAAGGACCAACCAGAAGGUCCGGUUGAUGCUCCCAUCCUCCCGGAGCCCUCACCCC